AUUUUAUAACUACUAUAAAUAAAGGAAAUUACAUCAGUAGUCUAGUGGUCUCGGUGUACACAGCUCUUUGUGUAGUUGUGCUGGCUCUGCUCAGCCUGUGAAGCUGAUGGUUGCGUCCAUAUUAAGCAGUUUCACUUCACACUGUGCCCGUAGUUGGGGGAGAGGCUGUUGUUUGUUCGCAACUUCGCAUAAGGAAUGGAUUCCGGCUGCUGCUGACUGUGCGUAGUGGUUGUGAGAACUAAACAUAUAAGAACAACACCUACCCUGUAAUAUGAAGGAUUUUAUCUGCAGUCAUUAGAGAGCAAAAAACAAUGAAUAUGGAAUCCUAAAAAAGUCUUUGUAAUAAAAGCUGUUUGGGUAAAAUUUUAAAUCAACAGCAGAUCCAUGGCUUGUGGAGGGGAAUUGAAAGAUGUGGAUAUGAACUCAAUCCCACUAAUCGCACUGAACUAUACAGUAAGAAACAAACUCUCUCUAUACCUCAACCCAAGUGCCAUAGUAGCUGCCGACUGGACUCGGCUUGCAGAGGAAUUGGAAUAUGAUUACCUAGAAAUCAAAAAUUUCCAGCGCGCUGAGAAUCCGACACUCAAAUUAUUGGAAGACUGGGAGAAAAAAUGUUUCCGAGCUACUGUUGGAGGAUUGCUGGAAAAGUUGAAGAACAUUGAACGAAAUGAUGUCCUUACGGAUCUAGAACCGCUGUUAGAGGCUGACUGUAUAAAAUACCUAAGAAAGCAGAGAGAAUUAAGUUUGCCGCCUCCUAUACAGGACCAAACUGUGGACAGCAGUGGAUCAUGUGGACUCACAACACGAGAUGACCCUGCAGGAAAUAUGCCUGAGCUGUUUGAUGCCUUUAUCUGCUACUGUCCCCAGGAUAUUGAGUUUGUACAAGAAAUGAUCAGGCAGCUGGAACAGAAAUCUUACCACCUGAAGCUCUGUGUGUUUGAUCGUGAUGUCCUUCCAGGAUCAUGUCUAUGGUCAAUAACUAGCGAGCUCAUAGAGAAACGGUGUAAGAAGAUGGUGGUAAUAAUUUCUGAUGAUUACUUUGACAGCAAUGAAUGUGACUUUCAGACCAAAUUUGCUCUCAGCCUUUGUCCAGGAGCUCGAGAGAAACGAUUGAUUCCUGUAAAAUAUAAACCAAUGAAGAGGCCCUUUCCGAACAUCUUGCGUUUCAUUACAGUGUGUGACUAUACAAAUCAGAGUACUAAGUCCUGGUUCUGGGAAAGACUUGCCAAGGCUUUGAUGAAGUAACGCUCUAGUUUUAAUAAGGGGCAUCGUUUAAGGGUUGCUAACACUAUCACAGUGCCAGUAUAUUUCUCAUCUCAGGGAGUUUGUCCAGAAACAGAAAUGCAAAUCUCUCUAAAUUCCAGUCUCUAACCCUAUGAUACUAGUUGUCAGAGUGUGAGACGUUCAGUGGCCGUUUUGUAAGUGGAGCUCACACUACAUACAGACAUUUGUGUGCAGUAGUGAGAUUACCAUUGUGAUAUAGUGUCAGCCAGUCAGGGAGAGGACCAACGUGUAUUUGUUAUUCGGUGGAAUCGCGUAAAAUAUUCUGGAUAUUCACAUAAAUAAUCUCUAUAAAGGCUUUAGUUAAACUGGCAAAUUUGGUUUUAGAAUCUUUUAACUACAUCUGUAACCAAUCACUACCAGGAUACGUUCUCAUGUAAAAUACUGUAGUUCUUUUUAGCUAAUAGAACAUUAAACUCUGGUACUACUCUGGUUAAAGGGACAUCAAACCCAAUAUUUUUCAUUCACGAUUCUGACAGAGCACAAUUUUAAUCAACUUUUCAGUUUACUUCUAUUAUCUAUUUAGCUUUGUAUCCUUUGUUGAAAUGAAUACCUAGCUAGGCUUGGGAACAGCAAUGCAUUACUGGGAGCUAGAUGCUAAUCUGUGGCUGCACAUAUAUUCCUCUUUUUAUUGGCUCGCUUUAUGUUCUCCCAGUAGUGCAUUGCUGCUCCUUCAACAAACCAUACCAAGAGAACAAAGCAAAUUUGAUAAUAUACAUAAAUUGGGAAGUUUGUUUAAAAUUGCAUUUUGUAUCUGAAUCAUGAAAGAAAGGUUUGAGUUUCAUAUCCCUUUAGUAACCGUGUACAAUUACAUUCUCACAUUGUGUUUGAUUACUCAAGACAUUGUGUUUUUUUAUAAUGUAGACUAUCUUAGCCGUUUUUAAAAAAAAAAAAAAAAAAAUUUUAUAGGGAUAUAUUUUUGUAAUUCCAUCUUCUGGAACCAAUAAAUGAUUCACAUUUUCUGUAUAUGUGACCAAUAUGGAUUGGUUUUCAGGCAACAGCAGUCAUAUUUUAAUAAACAUAAUGUUCUACUGAGUAUCAUUAGCUUAAAAAGUUUUGUCUUUGUUUCAAUAAAUACAGAGCAUUUAAUGCACAUAUAUUUGCCAUGUGCAUAAUUUACUUGUUAUUUUCCAAUGUUAAGUGAGCUUUCCUUACACACUUGUAGCAUUUAAAGAAGAAAUGUUUGGAAUUUUUAAAUUUAUAUACCUCAAAUAAAUGAAAAGUUGGAAUUCUCCAGAGCUGAAA